GGAAAAAAAGAAUGAAUGAAGGGAAAAAGAACAAAGAAAAAGAAGCAGAGAGAAUAAAAAAGCAAGAAAUAAAGAAAAGCAAGAAAUGGAAAAAAGAAGAAACAAAAAGAAGAGGAAAAGAAACGAACCAAACUAAAAAAAAUAAAGGGGAAAAAGAUAAGGCAAAGAAAGAAAAAGAAAGGAAAGAAUAA